AUGAAGAAGAAGGCCUUUCGUGAGGAUUGUGCACGGAUCUGGGGAAAUCUCUAUGACUAUUCCAUGACGAAAUAUCAGGACAACCACACCCCAGUGCUGAUUGGUUGUCCCUUGCACGGUGUCUUUCGGCUGCGUCCGCGGGAUCACUUACAGCGUCGCCUGGGGUGCCCCAAGUGUGGCAGUUCCAUCCCCGGAAGCGUCGAUGGCUCAGCCGCCGCUGUGCUGAAGGCGUUUUCGAAAACGCCACGGCUGGGGCAGCACCUGCUCCAGUCCUAUGCGGUGGCAGAUGCCAUCGCUAGGGCAGCUGUUGGAUCCGGUGGAUCUGGUGGAUGGGUGGCUGAGAUUGGUGUGGGAACUGGGAUCUUGACCAGUGCUUUGCUGAGAAGACCUGAGUGCACUGGUGUGGUGGGUUUCGAGAUGGAUGAGGAGAUACUGAAGGAAGGCUUCGCGCGCGGCGGUGCCUUGCACCGUUGUGGCGCCGUGCCUGGCCCGCGGCUGAGCGACGAGGCGCUGUCGUGGUCCAGAGCGGACUGGACGGAAGCCUUGCGGAGCAGCAGCAACCGGUGCCAAGUGCUAAAAGGCAAUGUGUUGAACUUCCAGAUACCCGGACACUGUCAGACGGUGGUGGGAAACAUACCCUACCGUAUUUCCAGUGCCCUUAUCAGCAAGCUGCUGCGACAAGAACCACCCUUGGAGCGGAUUGUUUUGAUGGUGCAACUGGAGUUUGCAAAACAGCUGAUGGCGAAACCAGGUGGGACCCAGCAGUACUGUGAAAUUUGGGAUGCUUUCAGCGCUAUGCGCGGCCUGCGCUCGCUGCGAGGUGGUCAUCGACCGAGUUCCCCCAGAGUUCUUCAGCCCUGCGCCCCGUGUGGAGUCGCAAGUGGUGCUGUUGGAGCCAUUCAAGGUACCUCCCUGCAGUCCGCAGCACCUGGAGCCUUUCCGCUCCGUGCGCUGCUUGGCCCCAAGACCUCGAAGGACGCGGCGCUGGAGACGGCGCUGGAUCCGUGGGCGGAGGAGCUGCCGUCCCGCUGGCGCGUAGCCCUGGGUGGUGCACAGUUGGAUCCCGCCAUGCGCGUGGCGGAGCUUUCGGUGGAGGACCUUGUGAAGCUGUGCAACGCGCUGGUGUCAUCCUACAUCACGCCGCCCCAUCAGCUGCGGGUGAAGAUGCGUCCGGGCAAGAGCCACGAGGAUCUCUUCGAGGGUAAAGCGUCGAAGAAAAGCCACAAGAGCGGCUCGUCCAUCAUUGGUGCCUUGCAGUCUUUGCUCGGCGGUGAGGGAGCAGGCAAUGUCGUGAAGGCAUCCGAUGGAGAGGAAACCAUCCACAUCUUCAGUGUGGCCAGUGGACACCUCUAUGAGAAGCUCUUGGGCAUCAUGAUCCUCUCUGUCAGGAACAACACCCAGAACCCGCUGCACUUUUGGUUCAUUGACAACUUCCUGUCGCCCAAGUUCAAGGCAUUCAUUCCAAUGAUGGCCCAGAGGUACGACUUCAAGUAUGACUUUGUGACCUACAAGUGGCCUUCUUGGCUGAAUCCCCAAAGUGAAAAGCAGCGGUUAAUUUGGGCCUACAAGAUCCUCUUCUUAGAUGUGCUCUUUCCACAAGACGUGCCCAAGAUCAUUUUCAUCGAUGCGGAUCAGGUGGUGCGGGCGGAUGUGAAGGAGCUCUGGGACUUGGAUCUGCAGGGAAAAGUCUAUGGUUUCGUGCCGAUGGGUGAUUCCAAUCCUGACACCGAGGGCUUUCGCUUUUGGAAGCAAGGCUAUUGGAAAAGCCAUUUGGGUACCAUGCCGUAUCACAUCUCUGCCCUCUUUGUGGUUGACCUGGUGGAGUUCCGGCGGACCUCCACUGGGGAGACCCUGCGAGGCGUCUACAACCAGGCGGAUAAG